AUGUGCCCUGACAGGGGGCUGAUGAUGUGCUUACAGGCCGUGGUCUGCUCUUUGUCCAGCAGAUUCAUUGGGCUCAUUAUGUCCUUGACACUUCGUUACCUUACCUGUCAGGUACUCGCCGACGGGGUGUCGCCAGACACCGCCCCUGCAGUGCACAUCGUGCUGUUGACCUCACCCAAGAAAACGACCAUGAAGGAGAUGAGGAAGGCAGUAGCUGUGACUUGGUACAUGCCUUUCUGGGAGCUUAAGGAGCUGCUUGACUGCCGCAGCAAGAUGUAUAGUGCAGUGCCAGAGGCGACUGUGGAGGAACUCUACACUUACUAUGGCGGUGUAGCACGGUAUGUGCUUGAGCAGCCGUUGAAGAACCCCAACUGGAUGUUGUCUAAGCUGCAGGAGCCACUGAUCAGCACCAUAGAUGCAAGCAACGUUUCUCAGGUGUUAAAGGGCUACCUCUUUGAGGCAGUCAUGCAUGCUGCACUGGCGACUGGCGGCAAGUUCGAUGUGUUGCCAUUGGACCCGAAGACUCUGGAGCGGGGCAAGGAGGAGAAGCUGGAUAUCCCGGAAUGCAAGCAGUAUAACAUCUUCACAGACAAUGAGGUCCAUGGUAUGAUGAGCACUAAGAUGGACACAUACUUGAGGCCCAAGUCCUCCAACUUCCCCGUCAUUGAUGCUCUUAUGGAGAUGAGGAAGGCAGUAGCUGUGACUUGGUACAUGCCUUUCUGGGAGCUUAAGGAGCUGCUUGACUGCCGCAGCAAGAUGUAUAGUGCAGUGCCAGAGGCGACUGUGGAGGAACUCUACACUUACUAUGGCGGUGUAGCACGGUAUGUGCUUGAGCAGCCGUUGAAGAACCCCAACUGGAUGUUGUCUAAGCUGCAGGAGCCACUGAUCAGCACCAUAGAUGCAAGCAACGUUUCUCAGGUGUUAAAGGGCUACCUCUUUGAGGCAGUCAUGCAUGCUGCACUGGCGACUGGCGGCAAGUUCGAUGUGUUGCCAUUGGACCCGAAGACUCUGGAGCGGGGCAAGGAGGAGAAGCUGGAUAUCCCGGAAUGCAAGCAGUAUAACAUCUUCACAGACAAUGAGGUCCAUGGUAUGAUGAGCACUAAGAUGGACACAUACUUGAGGCCCAAGUCCUCCAACUUCCCCGUCAUUGAUGCUCUUAUGGUGCUGGCAAUGUACCUUUUCCAGAUGACUGUGUCGGCUAUGAAGGAAAUUAAUGCUGAUGACCUCGAAGACGUGUUCAAGCGACUCGGCAUCUCUGCUCCGGGCCAGGAGGGCCGCCAACCCAGCCUUUACUUUGUGGUGGAUCCUAGCAUCUACAACAAGUUUAAGCAGUUGCUCACCUGGCGGGUCGACUGGAUAAGCGGAAGCGUGGUGUUGGCUGUCCUCGUGUAA